AUGCGUUAUACAUGUCCCGGUUUUCCUUUAUGUUUAAAAUCAUUUGAAAAUGGUUAUGUUUUACGUGGUCAUCAAUUAUCUUGUGAAUAUGCAUUAGUUAAAAUAAAUUCUAAUAAUCAACGACAAGAACAUGCACGAACUAUUCGAUUUAAUUAUCCUGUUAAUGGAAGAAAAGGAGAGAAACGAUAUGUAACAUAUACUGGUUUAGAUAAUACACAAAAAUUUCUUAUUCGUGAUCGUGAUCAAUUCAAUGGAAAUAAUAAAACACAACAAUCAUAUAGACGAAUGCGUCAACCACCAGAUUUAAAAAAUAUUACUUUACAAACAAAAUCAACAGCAUUAGAUUUUAGUGGAUAUUAUACAUAA